AUGCAGCGCAGCUGGACUACCGGUAGCCAUACCGGCAAAGGUGCUCAAAACAAUGGACAAAUACUGGAACGCAAAGAUCAUAGUGACGAAGUCACUGAAUACUCCCAACCCGAUUUCUCGUGUGAAGAUGGACUCGUGAAGCUCCAGUUCGGCAAACGUAAGGAGAGUUACUCAGUACCCACAUGCCUUGUUAAGAAGGUACAAGAACUAGCAACUCGUCUGAAGCCUAUGGCGGAUCCAAUCAUCUGGCUUGAGGAGAUUGAUGAAGACAUUGGCCACACCAUUGUCCAUUAUCUGUAUACCGGAGAGUACCAAACCUUGCGGCAGUCAGGGACUGCGCACAAACGUCAGACGGAAUACAAGCGAAGUGUCUUGGUUUACUGUGCCGCUGCCAAUUUAGAAAUUCCUCAUCUGCAGAGAAUUGCUGCUGGGCAUAUGGAACGUUUUGCAAACUCAGUUGAUAUCUAUCAAACCCUCAACUUGGUUAAGACGCUGUUCAGCAGUGUGCCAUGGUGGGAUGGUGGAUUAUACUUCCACAUUAUAAAAAGACUUCGGAAUGCUUUUCGUGCAGACGCGACCAUUUUUGAGAGAAGAGAGUUUCUGGGGUGUCUGGGAGGGGAUCUCGAAUUGGACAAGCUCAUGGUGCAAAUUAUGGUAUCUUUGUGGGAGCCUUCGAAGUCUAAGCCAUGGAAUCACAUCCAGUCUGUCCCUGAAAACAGUCUUCGUGAAGGGUUUCCCGCGAUGGAACGCUGUUUUGAGCUAUGCUCUAUCUCCCGAGCUCCUACGCCGAUUGGAUCAGAGCCUUAUGUCAAACCCGAUCCUGUUGGGCUAUCGCCAGUGCUUGGGGUCGAUUACUUUGGACAGCCUUCCACCGGCGGAGAGAUUUUGAAGCGUAGGGGUAGCUUCUCGGAAAACCCCAGGAAGAGGAUAAGGAAUAAGUUCUCGGGAAACCUUUGA